GAGGGGUAAACAUUGAGCGAGAUAUCAUGAAGUUCGCUAUAUUUUUAUGUUUAAUUCUAUCUACUUUUAAAUACACUUUACAAUGUGGAUGUCCUGCAGUUUAUACACAGCAGUUAGUUUGUUAUUCUGACAUUGUUAUGAAAGCGAGAAUAGAGGAUCAAGAUGAACAUAUUGGAGAAUUCAACAUUUCUAUUGAUACAAUCUAUAAGGGAGAGGAUGUACUAGAUAGUUUGUCAAACAACCGAAUACUUACAACACCAAUGGAGUCUUCGAAGUGUGGGCCAAUAACUCUUGACACUGGGAAAAUAUAUAUAAUGACAGCGAACUCCUUUGAUGGUGCACCGAUGAAUAUAAACUUUUGCGACCUUGUUGCCGAAGAAAACGAAAUAAGCUUAACAUUGAUGAGAGGCCUCUCAGGGGGAUAUUUCAGUAACUGUGACUGCAAGAUACCUUACAUGUGGGACGAUGACACACGAAGAGGACGACUGCGUUGUGGGCGUGCCACUCGGGGAUGCUCAACAAAUGCUAUUUGUUCAAAGAACACACGUGGGAGAUGUAAAUGGCAGUCCUGUCGUUGAAUGAUUUAACGCAAUAGAUUAACAUAGUUAUUGUUAGUGAUAAAAAAAAUAUGAUGACAUGUUGCUUAAUUUUUUUUUAUCGGAUUGGUAACAAUAUAUUAAAAAAUGAAUAUUGAGGUCACCGCUUUGUUAUUUUUGAAGGUUAUUUAACAUAUCUUG